AUGGCGAUCACGUUCCAACCCAGCAGUUACAGCGGCCUGGUUGACCAGGACAACGGCAUGGUCAGCCGGGAGAUAUUCGUUAAUUCCGACAUCUACGCCGAGGAGCAGGACCGCAUCUUCACCCGCGCUUGGCUGUUCGUCGGCCACGAGAGCCAGGUCGCCAAGCCGGGCGACUUCUUCGUGUCAUCCAUGGGCGAAGAAUCGGUGAUACUGUGCCGGGACCGCGAGGGCGAGGUCCAUGUGUUCCUGAACUCGUGCAUGCACCGGGGCAUGAAGGUGUGCCGGUACGACGAGGGGAACACUCCCAUCUUCACGUGUCCCUACCACGGGUGGAGCUUCGCCACCGACGGCGCGCUGGUGGGCGUUCCCUUCUACAAGGAUGCCUACCACGAGGAGUUGGACAAGUCCCAGUGGGGAUUGAUCCGAGUUCCCAGGAUGACCAACUACAAAGGCGGCAUCUGGGCGACCUGGGACCCCAACGCGCCUGACUUCCUCGAAUACAUCGGCGGUUUCCGCACCUACCUGGACAUCCUCUUCGACGGGUGGGAUGGCAGCGAGGGCGGCACCGAGGUCAUCGGCGGCAUCGAGAAGUGGAUGGUUCCCAGCAACUGGAAGUUCCCCGCUGAAAACUUCAUUGGCGACCGCUAUCACAACAUCAGUCACCGCUCGGUCGACUUGGUGGGCAUCGGCCCGUCGGGACAGGGACGGCGGGACAACAGCGACCGGGAGGGGGCCAAGUCGCUGGACGUGUCCUUCCCGGAACGAGGCCAUGGGACCGUCAUGUUCCUUCGACCCGAAGAUGCCCAGCCCGUUCAGUCCUACCAGAAUGAUCCGGUCGUCUCAGAGUAUUUUUACCAGUGCGAGAUUGCGCGCAAGGAACGCCAGGGCCAGCUUUGGCGCAUAUUGGCCGGACCGGGCACGAUCUUCCCCAACAUGUCAUUCCUGCCGCGGCAACCACGCAGCAUCGCCGUGUGGCAUCCCCGCGGCCCCGACCAGACCGAGGUCUGGCGCUGGUUCUUGGUGGACAGCGCGGCGCCGCCGGAAGUCAAGGAGUUCCUGCGGCAGUACUACAUCCGGUACUCCGGCCCCAGCGGGCUCACCGAACAGGACGACAUGGAGAACUGGAACUACGCCCACGCCGCCAGCCGGGGCGCCAUGGCUCGCCGGCACCACUACAACUACCAGAUGGGCCUGGGUUACGCGGUCACCGAUUUCGAGGACGGCGGGUUGAAACUUCCCGGCACCGUUCUGGACACCACCAAGGCGCGGGCCGGCGAACAGAACCAGCGGGGCUUCUACAGUCGCUGGCGGGAAUUCAUGGCCGCGCGCGACUGGGACGAGUUGGCCUCCUGGCGCAACAACGGCUCGGCCUGCUAG